AUGUCCGAAGACGUACAAGUUUCUAGUGAUUCUGCACCAUGGCCAGCUGAUGGUAUGAGUGAUGUUGGUCCUGAUAAUGAUGAGUCGCCCUAUUCUUUUCUGGAUAUGUCUGCCACCGAUGAAGCAUCAUCAUAUGAUAAUCCUAAGGAUAGCACUCUCCCUGUAAACUCAUCUGAACAAUCUCAAGAGGAUUCCAAAUGGAGUGACACCACCUCAUUCACAUCAAAUAAGCUAAAAAAGCUUCAGUCAUGGUUUCAAUGUCCUGAUGGUAACUGGGAGCUCGGAACCAUUCUUCAAGCUUCUGCUAACAAGUCAUUGAUAUCAUUGGCUGAGGGAAAAGUUUUGGAAGUGAAUUCAGAAAUCCUGUUGCCAGCGAAUCCUGAUAUACUUGAUGGUGUGGAUGAUCUUAUGCAACUAAGCUACUUAAAUGAACCAUCAGUAUUAUACAACCUUGAGUAUAGAUAUAAUCAGGAUAUGAUCUACACUAAAGCAGGACCCGUUCUGAUUGCACUUAAUCCCUUUAAAAAAGUCCCUUUAUAUGGAACUGAGUUUAUUGAAGCUUACAAGCGCAAAUCUAUGGGGAGCCCACAUGUCUAUGCCAUCACUGAUACAGCUAUGCGUGAGAUGAUCCGAGGUAACUUCCUGAAUCUUGUCUUAACCAGUGGGGAAAGUGGAGCUGGAAAAACUGAGACAGCAAAGAUAGCCAUGCAAUAUUUAGCUGCUCUGGGAGGUGGUAGUGGGAUAGAGUACGAGAUACUGAAAACAAAUCCAAUUUUGGAAGCCUUUGGUAAUGCCAAAACAUUAAGAAAUGACAACUCAAGUCGAUUCGGAAAGCUGAUUGAAAUUCACUUCAGUGAAACUGGAAAGAUAUCUGGUGCCAAGAUUCAAACUUUUGUUCAAUGUUCACAGGGAGAAAGAUCAUAUCAUAUCUUUUAUCAGCUUUGUUGUGGAGCUCCUCCCUAUCUUAAAGAGAAACUGAACUUGAGAAAUGCUGAUGAUUUCAAAUAUUUGAAGCAAAGCAAUUGCUAUAGAAUUUCUGGGGUUGAUGAUGCCGAACAGUUCCGUGUAGUAGUGGAAGCUCUGGAUGUUGUUCAUGUCAAAAAGGAAGACCAAGAUAGUGUAUUUGCAAUGCUAGCUGCAGUACUAUGGCUGGGGAAUGUCACGUUUACUGUAGUUGAUAGUGAAAAUCAUGUUGAACCAGUGGUGGAUGAAGGUCUAACUAACGUUGCUACAUUGAUUGGGUGCAACAUUGAGGAACUAAAGCUGGCAUUAUCAACUCGAAAAAUGAGAGUUGGAAAAGAAAAUGAUACAAUCGUUCAAAAGUUGACCCUUGCUCAGGCCGUUGACACAAGAGAUGCAUUGGCAAAAUCAAUUUAUUCUUGCUUGUUUGACUGGCUAGUGGAACAAAUUAAUAAAUCACUAGCAGUAGGCAAAAGGCGCACUGGAAGGUCCAUCAGUAUUCUUGAUAUAUACGGUUUUGAAUCCUUUGAGAGAAAUAGCUUUGAGCAGUUCUGCAUUAAUUAUGCCAAUGAAAGAUUGCAACAACACUUCAACCGUCACUUGUUCAAAUUGGAGCAAGAGGAAUACAUCCAAGAUGGCAUUGACUGGGCAAGAGUUGAUUUUGAAGACAACCAAGAUUGUCUCGAACUUUUUGAGAAGAAGCCGUUAGGGUUACAAUCCUUGCUAGAUGAGGAAUCAACCUUUCCAAAUGGCACUGACUUGAGCUUAGCUGAUAAGCUUAGGCAACAUCUAAAAUCUAAUCCUUGUUUCCGAAGUGAACGAGGGGAAGCUUUUACUGUACGCCAUUAUGCAGGAGAGGUUACGUAUGAUACAACCGGUUUUCUUGAGAAGAACCGGGAUUUGCUUCAUUUGGAUUCCAUCGAACUUCUUUCUUCUUGCACAUGCCACCUUCCUCAGGCUUUUGCAUCCAGUAUGCUCUCUCAUUCUGAGAAGCCUGUGGUGGGUGCUCAGCAUAAAUCCUGUGGAGCAGAUUCACAAAAAUUUAGUGUUACAACAAAGUUUAAGGGCCAACUGUUCCAGCUUAUGCAACGUCUUGAGAACACAACAUCACAUUUCAUACGUUGUAUAAAGCCCAACAACUCCCAGUCUCCUGGUUACUAUAGUCAAGGGCUUGUGCUGCAACAGCUGCGAUGUUGUGGAGUCUUAGAAGUAGUUAGAAUUUCAAGAUCUGGUUUCCCUACCAGAAUGUCCCACCAAAAGUUUGCUAGAAGGUACAACUUCCUUCUUCUGGAGCAUGUUGCUUCACAGGAUCCACUCACUGUUUCAAUGCACAUUCUUCACCAGUUUGGCAUUCUACCUGAGAUGUAUCAAGUGGGAUACACGAAAUUGUUUUUCCGGACUGGGCAGAUUGGGGCACUUGAAGAUACUAGAAAUCGUACUCUACAUGGUAUUUUACGCGUGCAAAGUUGCUUUAGAGGCCACCUAGCUCGCUGUCAAACGAAGGAAUCAAGGAGAGGGAUCGCGACCAUUCAAGCAUUUAUUCGUGGUGAAAAGACUAGAAAAGAGUACGCAGUCUUAUUGAAGAAGCAUAGAGCAGCUAUAGCUAUCCAAAAGUGUGUGAAAGCAAGGUCUUGUAGAAAAAAGUGGAAAAGAAUAAAUGAGGCGUCAAUAGUAGUACAAUCAGUUAUUCGUGGAUGGUUAAUACGAAGAUGCUCGGGAGAUGUAGCGUUGCUGCAAUUUGGAGGUGAAAAGGGUAAUGAGGUGUUGGUGAAAUCAUCUUUCCUUGCGGAGCUUCAACUGAGGAUUCUAAGGGCUGAAGCUGGCGUGAGAGAGAAAAACGGAGAAAAUGAUGCACUUCGGCAGCAGCUGCAACAAUAUGACAACCGUUGGUCGGAAUACGAGGCGAGAAUGAAGUCUAUGGAGGAGAUGUGGCAAAUGCAGAUGAGGUCUCUUCAGUCGAGACUUUGCAUUGGGAGCGAGAAGAGCCAUAGCCAUAGCCAUCUCAACUUGUGUGAAGAUGGUGAAGAACUUGACGAGUGUAGCAGCAGCAGCAGCACAGGGCUUAGUGUGAUUGGCCGUCUGGCUCAGGAGUUUGAACAGAGGAGUCAGAUUUUUGGGGAUGAUGCAAAGUUCUUGGUUCAAGUCAAAUCGGGUCAGGCUGAAGGGAGUUUGGACCCGGACCGUGAGCUUCGCAGGUUGAAAAACAUGUUUGAAGCGUGGAAGAAAGAUUAUGGGGCGAGGCUCAGGGAGACUAAGGUUAUUCUAAACAAGCUUAGUGCUAAUGCUGAUGAACAAGGAUCUGCAGCUGAUAAGUUCCGCAGAAAGUGGUUUGCUAGGAGGAACAGCACAAGAUUUAACUAA